UAUAAAUUUGUUUGAUUCUUUCGCUUACACAUAUACUCUUGAUUGACGCAGCUAUUUUGGCUAAACCCCAAGGUCUCAAAACGUAGCGUCAACACUUUCAAUUGCCAGAUGCACUCAGUAGCUCGGAGAAGGCGCACUUCGAACGCUGUUUUGCUAUCACAGCACGCACACCUGAAUUUGACAAAAUGGUUGCAAUCUGAUCAUUAAAAUCGGAUACCGCUAAUUUUUUAAAAAGCCGUGCAAAUAACAUCCAAAGAAUAUUUUACAAACCCAAGGCUUCAGAGCACCGAAGUCGAGCUGCAAUACCUAAGAGUACUAAGUGGGACAAAAAAGUUUGCGAUUCUUUGCGGUACCAAUUCUGUGGGACUGAGCAGGAUCAGUACAGUUGAACUGUGUUUUCGCAACAAGCGACCGGCAAAACUGGACUUUGCAUUACGUUGCAAGUGAGUAUUGUGGAAUUAACGAUGAUGUGAACACUACUGGGGGAAAAAAAAAGUUGCUGGUGAGCCUCGGCACGACCUCCCAGGAAUCUUACUGCUCUCGCUCCCACAUGUUGCAAGCCCCGUUCUCCAGUCCCCGGAAAGAGUUUACUCCGUUUCAGUUGGCGAAUCCAAACACUUGUUGUUUGUGACAGCGGAUCGUGUUUACUAUUUGUCUGUUAUGGCCGCUUCUGAGUAAUUGUUACUUAAACUAACCGACAGAAAUUGAAUUGCGGGAUCGGCCUUGGACAACAUAUCUGGGAAACCGCGGCGUUCCACCGGGUCGGGCAGAAACGAGCUUCGCUCCUGUGUUUACCAAUUAAAACAAGAAUCGACUGUCAUUGAACGUCUGCUAGGAUUGCAACAGGAACGUUGUCGUGCAAUUGAAGCUACAAAGCUACCUAUUCCCGAAUCCAGCCUCUCUUAAAAGUGUUUCGCCAGUAAUUCGAAAACGGAAAGCAGGCGAAUUAUAUAUGAUUGCAGUGCAAAUAACGUGUUACGGAUGCGAGAGAAGGCGGAGUUAAUAUAUGGGAUCGUAUAGUGUUGACGUGAAAUGAAAGAAUUUAACACGUUUAUUAUCUGCCUACACAUGGGGGGAGAAAAAAGUAAAGCUGGCAGCUCCUGCUGAUUGCAUUAAAACUCUGCAUGUAGUCUCGUAUUUUUGAGAGCGAUGAAAUACUCAUUAAAUAGGCCGGAAGGAGAAAAAUGUAUCAAGUAACGGGAUUUUGAAAAUUGUUACUUUUUUGUUUUUUUUUGCAGCCCUCCUAAUUGCUUUCCUCUAAAUGCAUUUUGGCCUCCUAAUUGCUUUCCUCUAAAUGCAUUUUGGAAUUGGUCAUUCAGUGUUUGCAUUUUAACAGAGGGGGGAAAAAAACAAGGGAAGAGCAUUACUCUGCAAUCAGAUACAUUUAUACACACAGACCCGCAGAGAGAGAAGGACACAAUGGAGACGGAGAGCCGCUACGGCAAUUACAGUGCGGGACCCGCGUUGGACACAGCGAGCAUACAGCGGCAGGGGGCGAUGUUCCAGAGCGUGUUCCACGCGGCGUGCGCGCUCGACGAUGAGCACCCGGACGCGCGGGAACGCGGCGGCCAGCAGGCGGCGGCGCCAACGACGACGGGAGCGCGCGAUGCCGGCGGCGGCAGCGGUGGCGACUUUGGCGCCUUUUGCGAGGACGCCGCGUGCCGCCAGAGUGGCGCCAUCUUGAGCGAGGAGGAGGGGGAGGUGGCGUCGGCGGCGGCCACGGCCACCGGGGCACAGCCGUUCGUUGUCCGUACAUUCUUCAGCGCCUGUCCGCGACGCGACAAGAGCUGUGGCUAUCACGGUGACUUCCAGGACCGGGAACUGGCGAGCAUUUACUCGCCCGACGCCGAGUUUAGCGGCAGUUGCUCGUACUCAUUGACCAGCGACACCGCCCGGGAGCUUUGCAAAGCUGUUUCGGUCUCCAUGGGCCUCAAUGUGGACAGCAACGAGCUGGGCGAGCUGCAGUCGUCCUACGGCGGUUCUGGCAAGAGGGACUGCAUGUUCGCUUUUCCGGAGGCCAGCGGCACCGACGCCGUGUCCGAUCAGCCGAGCCCCGGCUCUCAGAGCCGGAGGCUGGUCGGUAGGUUGGAAGCGGCGGCGACGCUGAGCCAAGCAGAAGCCGACUACGAGGCGACCCGAGGUGGGCUGCUGGAGGACUCGGGCGGCUGCGUGACCCGUGUGACCGACGACAAGCCGAUGGGCAACAACGGGCAGGCGGGUGAGAAGGAUCACAAGCAGUGCCCCUACAGCAGGGUAUUCGUGACCAACUACGGCCCCGGCCCCCUUCCUUCGGAAGAGGGCACUCUGUACAACCUUCCGGACAGGGCCGGCUUCGGGGGGGACAGCGACCACUGCGUCCUGAAAGGCGGCGACUGCGACGUCCAGAUCCCAGGCUUUACUGUCAAAGUCGAAGAGUCGGACAGCCUGGACAGCCGCGAAGUUUACGGAGCCCAGUGCAGGUACUCGGACUGCACCAGCCACCCACUUUACGGGUCCCCGUCGUCCUGGCGUUAUGCUGAGAAAGUGGGCUUGGAGAACGAUUACGGCGGAUGCCCCGAAUAUCCCAGGAACACUAUGGCUGUUCGAGAUGACGCUGUUACCCCCGAAUCAUGGUACUCAACUGGGAUGCUGGAUCGAGGACCGCACCAACCUUGCCACAUUAAAAACGAAAUGGAUAAUUGGAUCGAUGGAUACUAUAAUAUACGAUUGGAUAAUACAAGGAACCUUGGUCUUCAGAUGGACUACUUUUUCCAACCUCAGAAAACAUGUCUCAUUUGUGGUGACGAGGCAUCUGGAUGUCAUUAUGGAGCACUCACCUGUGGUAGUUGUAAAGUGUUCUUCAAGAGGGCAGCAGAAGGAAAACACAAGUUUCUGUGUGCCAGCAGGAAUGAUUGUACCAUUGAUAAAGUACGGAGAAAAAACUGCCCAUCAUGUCGUCUGAGAAAGUGUUUUGCAGCUGGGAUGACGCUUGGAGGUCGAAAAUUAAAGAAUACAAGACCAUUCCAAACUGCAGAGGAAAUGGAUUCUCCAGUUACACAAAAGCAACAGGACACCAAUCUCAUGAUCGUACCAAGGAUCAAUAUACCAAGAAUGCAGAAUUUUCAGUGUCAACCCCUUUUCCUAGCUGUACUGCAGUCCAUUGAGCCUGAUGUGGUAUAUGCAGGGUAUGACAAUACGCAGCCUGAUACAUCAACCAGUUUGUUGACAAGCCUCAAUGAACUUGGGGAAAGACAACUAGUACGUGUUGUUAAAUGGGCGAAGGUCUUGCCAGGUUUUCGCAAUUUACAUGUGGAUGACCAAAUGAAUCUCAUACAGUAUUCGUGGAUGGCAAUUAUGGUCUUCGCAAUGGGAUGGAGGUCCUAUAGAAUUGUCAAUGCCAGAAUGCUCUACUUUGCACCAGACUUGGUAUUUAAUGAGCAACGGAUGCAAAAGUCAACUAUGUAUAAUCUUUGUAUGGAAAUGCAGCGUCUAUCCCAGGAGUUUCAAUGGCUGCAACUCUCACAGGAUGAGUUCCUUUGCAUGAAAGUGUUACUACUGUUUAGCAUCAUUCCAGUCGAAGGUCUAAAAAACCAGAAGUACUUUGAUGAGCUGCGUAUGAACUACAUACAGGAACUGGAUAGAGUAAUCUCCUUUCAGGGGAAAGAUAUCAUGCACAAUCCACAGCGUUUUUAUCAACUAACCAAGCUUCUAGAUUCUCUGCAAAUGACAGUGAGGAAACUUCAUCAGUUCACAUUCGAUCUCUUUGUUCAAUCUCAGUCUCUCAGCGUCCAGUUCCCUGAAAUGUUGGCAGAAAUAAUAUCUGCCCAGGUACCAAAGAUCCUCGCUGGUAUGGCCAAACCGAUUCUUUUUCAUGAACAGUGACAUUCAUUGCUUAUAUGUGUUAUACUGCCUGUAACUCUGUACUACCUAGAGUUUAUCUUGUUUUCAACUUCAGUCAAAUGCAGAAUCUGUGAAUUAAGAAAUGGGGAAAAAAUGCAAAAUCUACCUUUGUUUCUGGUUUUCAGUUGACACAUUUACAGACUUGGUCAAGUUAUACAACCACUGUGGUAGGCAGGUUGUAAUCUUACCUACCAGUUGUUAUGUUGGACCACACAAAUUACUGGAUAAAAACAUGGUUACAUUUAGAAAAAAAAUUUGAAUUUACCUCUUCAUUGGUCCUUCAGAAGAGUUUCAUUUUCUGAUUUUUACUUAAAGCUACCUACAUUUUGUUCGUGUUAUUUUGAAACUACCUAGUGACCUUUUUUCAUUAUACAUAUCAGAUAUUAGUUUUGCCUGGUGUUAACAUAGUGCCUAAUAGUAUACGUUUAUCAAAUUAUAUUUGUUAAAUGCAAAAUUUGAUGUAAAUUGUAAUUUUUUAAAUUUGCACUAUAAAUUUCCUUUUCCUGAAUGCCAGAAAAAAAUGUAUUUUAUGGUAGUUUUGGGAUGUCCAAAAUUCAUAAAUAUUUUUUUAAUUUCCAAAGAGGUACAUUAUAUAAUAGGCAUUUCCGUGCAAUGAUUUAAUACAGAUCUUCCUUUCUGUUUAAAAGCAUACGUUUGAAAAUCUAAAAUCAUAGAAUUUGUACUUCUAAAUCCCAACUAUAUCAUGUUUCACUAUUAAGGAAUGCGUAAGUUCUGGUUGCACUCUGCUACUUUAGACUUGUUCUUUUGAUGGAUUUGAGCUUCUACCUGGUCAAUAUAUGAUGCAGUGAUACUCCAAACUUGAUACGUACCAAAGCAUUUUUUGUUACUUAAAUGAGGAUCCUGGUAUAUAUUCUUUGACUAUGCAGUGCAGCAUGAUACUAACUGCAUGUUUGGAUCUUUAUAACUCUUGCUCAUAUUGCCAAAUUUGUUUUACCCUAUACAUACUUAACCAGAAGUAAUACUUAAAGAUACCAUUUUACUAUAAACCAACACUGAUAAGUUCCACCAGGCAAUAAAAGGACACACACUACUUAAUCAUUCUUAUUGAUUAAAAAUGAAAAGCAUUUCUUCUUUAGUAUGCAGUCUUCCUGACUGUUAUUUAGUAUUUUGAUCAGUAAAUAUUUUUGCCAUUCUUUUGUACUUGCCCCUUUUUUAUUCAGUGCAAAAGCAUAACAAAGAUUCAAACAGCAUAACAUAAAAAUAUGUCUGAAAAUGUCUUAAGUUUGCCACGUAUCUAUGCCAGAUUUGGUUUGCUGCAAACUAUUCAAACUUUUGUUCUCCUACGAAAUGAAGUAUGAAUAUAGACCACAUGGUGAAAGCAGCUUGCAUCUGAAGAAGAAAGACAUCAUGCCAGUAAUUUUCUUUUCAAAAAUUGAGUUUAAACUAGUCCUUUUUCAUUCUAGGUAUGAGCAUGUUAUUAACAUUUAGUGUUAACGAAAAGAAAAUGAUGUAAAUUUCCAAACUUCAUUAGUGUAAAGUAAAAAUAUGGAGAUAAUGCAUUUCUCCAUUGGAAGUACUUUCAAAUUAAAUGUCUUGUGUAAAAAUGUUUCUGUAGGCUUCACAGUUAAAAAAAGAACUUUUUCCGUCAUAUGUGAAUAACACCAAUGUAAUGCGUACCUUGUUUGGAAUUCUUUCUGAAAUAAAAUUUCUUUGUUCAGUGCAGUCAAAAGACAGGCUAAUGCUAGAUGUACAAUUCUAUAAGCAUAUUCUUUAACAAAAUGUUGUAUUUUUGAGAGAUGGGAAGGAUAGAGAAAUGCACUUGUUCAUAUUUUUAAGCAAAUUAAAAGGACUUGCUACUUAUUUUAAAAUGACUUAGUUUUUGCUUUUCUUUGGAUGUACAGGAAAGAGAUUAUUUACUUGAAAGUGCAAGCUUUAUUGUUGCACUUCAGUUGUAUAUUUUUAAAGCUUUGAGGACUUGGUCAUCGAAUCCAUGACUUUCAGUAACCUAGGUGAUUGUAGAUACUGGGAGCAAAUAAAACCCUAUAAUCUUUUUGUUUCAUUUAUCUCACAAAAUAUAAACUAAAUAGUUUUGGUUCUUCUAAACAAAGUGUGGUAAGCUGAGACCUAAGGGAUGGACCAGUGUUUAUUUUGCAAAUAAAUAAAUACUUAAUGUUUACUCAAUUUAUCUUGCCAAUUUUUUGGCUCUUAACUCUGAAAUGCUUGUAAUCCCAGCCAUAAUUUGAAGUAGUUUAUAGUGUAAGUCAAAAAUAAGUGAGUUCCUGCACUAAAUUCAAAAAUAUCUUUUUCAUUGGCUUUUUCAGCAAGUGAAAGUGUUUUUGUAAGAUUUUGAAAUGUUGAACGUGCUGAAAUUUCAGAAGUAGAGUGACAAUCACUUGAGAUGAAUGAAUGAAUUCUGUUAUGUAAAUAUACAAAUCUGUGUUGCAGUAGUAACAUGUUGCUGGUUAAGCAAAAGUAAUGCAUAUAACAGAUAAUUCUUAAUUGAAUUCUUAAUUCACCACUAUGGCAAUUAAAAUGUUUCAUCUAUCCAGUCAUUCCUGUUAAGUAGAAGGCACCCAAUGUACAGGAAAUAAACUAGCAUUUGCCAUGAUGUUCCCUUAAGCAGCUAUCCUUAUUGAGAAGGUGUAUGUUGAUACCCAUAUGCUUGUGUUCCAAUUUUAUACAUUUCUGGAUAUUAUUUUUCUUUUAUGGAAAAUUACUCCCAAGUGCUAACUAAUAUCUGUAUAUAUAUUUCCCAUGCCUUAGCUACCCUAAAUGUGUAGAUUAAUUUGUAAGUGCCUUCACAAAUUUGUUAAAGCUAGCAGGAAAAAAAUAUAGUAUAAUGUGUUAGAAUGCUAUCAGACACUCUUUAAAAAUUAUUUUUCAAUUAUGUUUAACUGGAAUCACAGCAUUAGGAAUCUCUUUAUCAAGGUGAAAUUUGAAAGGAAUCUUCAGAAUUUUUGUUCCCUAUUCUCAGCUUUUGUUUCAUAUUUCAUUUUAUGUUAAUGACCCUAAAACCUACAAAUUCAUAACUCCAGACUAUCAUUAGAUCUGAUUAUAUAAUAGGGAAGUGCUUCUGUUUAGGAGUUACUUUAUGAAAGAAGUUUCAUUAUGAAAACCUCCUUUCCACUAACUUUCAGUGAAACUUAGUUACCCCACAAGUCAUGUCAUUCACAAUUUUGCUAUUCACAGUCUACCUUGCUGUGUACCAUCAGCAAAGAAAUUUUUUGAUUGAUUGAGAGGCCACAGCCAACAAAACUUACAAUUAAUGGGAUUAACGUAUAUCACAAAGGCAGUAAUACAUAUUCAAUAUAAAAUAAUAAAAUAGUCUUUUAUAAUAUUUCAACAUGUUUUGUUGCCUUGUAAUGUAGUUCCAGAUUAGGUGUUUUCCUGUAUGUACUGUACAUUGACUAAAAUGUUUUUCAGAAUGUGGUAUCUACUUUUAAAACAGCCAGAAGCGGAAAGCUCAGAGUGCUUAUGGGUCAGGUGGCGAGUACGAUGAGAAGAAAUCAGUUUAUGAUUUGGGUUAAGACCCUUUAUGGAGUGGGUUGGGGACCUAAAAAAUCAUAACUUAAAAACAAAACAUUAUAUUUUAAAUCCUUUUUUCAAGUUUAGCUUCAGACACUAAGUAUUUCCAGUAGUUUCUUGUUUUGUAUUUCUAAUAUCUUCUGAUGCUGUUUUUUGUUUUGAAAUGAUAAAUAAUGCACCUUAAGACAUAUAUAGACCUCAGAGAGGAAUCUCAACUAUGUUUCAUGAUCCUUGAAUAAAAGUUUACCAGAGACGUAUAAUAUUUGACCCCUUGGAUUUUUUUUCAGGCAAACCUGAAGUCACUUUCCUAACAGUUUGAGUGUCUGACCAGUACCAUUUACUUAAUGUAAAUGUAUGGAUCACCCCAAUUUUAGUUUUAAGUCUGUUGAUAAAUAAGGUCUGUUUCUUUAAUGGUUUGAGAAUAGAAAUAUUUUGUAAGAAUAAGCACCUUAUAAGUGACCAUUUUUAUUAGACUUUUUUGAUUCUUUUUUGUAUUGUUGAGCAUUUGGUAAAUAAAGGGAAUGUGCACAUUUCUAUAUAUUCUGUUUUGUAGAGCAGUGUAUUGUAUAUAUGCAUUACCUAGUUUUUGCAAUGCAGUAAUGUAUUGUGCUUGAAAAUGUUGCUGUAUUUGUUUUAUUCUGUUAAAGUCUAUAUAAUAGUACAGGGUGGUGGAGACUGCCUGGGCGCCUGCAGGAUAAACUAUUGAGAUGAAGCAAAUGGUACUGCUGUAUAAGUAGAAUUGUCACAAUGAGAUGCAUUUGUAAUGAGUAAUAAUGUUAUUGCUAAAGUUUAGGAAAAGUAUUACUGGGAUCUCCUGUUAGUAUCAUGUCUUAUUUUUGACAACCUAAAGUGAAUGUGAGAUGGCAAAAUAAAAGCUUACUAAGGUCGUUGUAAAGAAACAAUGUUAAGAAAUAUAUGCAGUUUUCAUCAAAGGUACAUAAAAUGAAAAUUGUGUUCUUUUGAAUAUUC